GACUGACCAGUCGCCCGUCUUCUCGGACGCCACUGUGGACAUCGUUUGGCCCUCCGCAGGAUCCAAGUUCCACGGCCGAGGGCUCUGCAAGCCAUGCGCAUGGCUGUGGAAGCCCCAGGGCUGCUUGAAUGGCACCGCCUGCCUUCACUGCCACUUAUGCCCAAAGAGCGAAUUGAAAUCGCUGAAGAAGCUCCGUGCCAAGGCCCGCAAGGCCAGAGUCCCAGGAGUCCCAGGAGUCCCAGGAGUCCCAGUCCCCGCAGAUGCUGGCAGCAUCUCCGCGCCUGGCCUCUCCGCCCUGCCUUUGUCCAUUCCACCACCCCCAGGGCUGCCACCCCCGGGCCUCUCUUUGCCAAACCCAGACUCAGAUCCACUUGAACUUGAGGAGCUCGAGUCACUCGAGGCGCCUACCGUACCCGCACCCCCCAUGCCCUUCCAGGCGGAACAGGAAGCACAGGACUCCCUGAACUCAUUGAGCUCCGUGGGCUCCUUGCUUCAUGCCAGUGGCCGCUGCAAGCCUUGCGGCUGGUUCUGGAAGCCAAAGGGUUGUGCCAACGGCGCGGACUGCCUGCACUGCCACCUUUGCACAGCCAGCGAAGCCCGGCGCAAGAAGAGGAUCGCCUCAAAGAUGAGGGGACAUGGCUCGGAGUCGCAGGUGCCUGACCAGGACCAGCAGCUCCAGCUUCUCACGGAAGCGCUGGGUGGUCCGUGA